UCUGUUCUUCCCGUACCCUGGACGAGAUAAGAGAGAUUGUGUCCCGCGCACAGGCUGUUGUUAUUGUUGUUCUGGCUCCGCAUACGUCUGCAAUCAUCAUCAUAUUUAAAAUUGACACUCUUCUCGACUGAUACUGGGAGGGAUCUACGCAAAUCCAGCUAGCUGGGUGCUCUCAGAGUGAGCUUGGCGUUUGAUACGCGCGUUUGUCGUCUUGCUUGUCUCGUCUUAUCAUCGUUUCGCGAGUGAUUCUUUUUCAGCUGCACCAAGAGUGUACCGCAUUUUCGCAUAAUUUUUUUAUAGAGUCGCAUAUGCUGCUGCAGCUAGCACAUGCAUUUGUAGAUUGUUGCUAAGGAUAGAACACGUUCAAAACUGGCCAAAGCAAUGGAUUGGCGCAGGAACAGAUUCGUAGUGCUGGCGGUUUUGAGUCUUCUAGUGACACUGACAAAUGGUGCGACGGUCAUCAGUGCAGAGGAAUCUUUAUCCCUGCGAGCAUCCUUGAAUGAAGAACCCGUGAUCGGAGUCCUGGCUCAGGAGAUGUCCUACUCCCUGGCGGCCAAGUACGAGGAGGACUACGAAAGCUACAUUGCGGCGUCCUACGUCAAGUUCGUGGAAGGUGCCGGUGCACGUGUGGUGCCCGUUUGGAUCAAUAAACCUCGCGAGUAUUACGAAAAUAUCUUGCCGAACCUGAACGGAAUCCUACUGCCCGGUGGGGCCACCUGGUUCAAUCAAUCCAACGGAUACGCCGAUGCCGGUCGUCACAUCUACGAUGUGGCCGAAGAGAUCAACGUUCAGGGUGGCUACUUCCCGCUGUGGGGCACAUGUCUGGGCUUUGAACUGCUAACCUACCUGGCGGCAAACGGAGACGAACACCGAGCACAUUGCAGUUCCAACAAUCAAGCGCUGCCGUUGGAUUUCAAACCGGACUUCAGGAAGAGUCGCAUGUUCGCCGAAACUCCAGACGACAUUGUGGAAAUAUUGGCCUCCGAAGCGGUUACCGCCAACUUCCACCAGUUUUGCGUCACCGAACAAAACCUGACCGCUUACGGGCUCGAUCGGGAGUGGCGGGUCAUGUCCACCAAUCUGGACUGGAACGGUUUUGAGUUCAUUUCGACCAUCGAGCACAAAUUCCUUCCAUUCUAUGGUAUCCAAUUCCACCCGGAGAAGAACAUCUACGAGUGGGUUCAGAACAAGAACAUCUCCCACACACCGAAUGCCGUCAAGGCGGCGCAAUACUUUGCGGACUUCUUCGUGAACGAAGCCCGGAAGAGUGGGCAUCGCUUCCAAAGCGAAGACGACAUCGAUCGGCACGUGAUCUACAACUAUCCUGUGUCGUUUACCGGACUGAAGAAAUCGUCAUUCGAACAGUGCUACUUGUUUGAAGGUAAUGUGGACUACCGGCAAUCGAUUGAGACGGCCAAAGGUCCAGGGGGUAGUGGCGGUGCGAUAGCCCAAAGAUACGUGGAACGUAGGAAGAAAAAGUGCAACAAACAGAAAAGUCCCGACUUCUGCUAGCAAUGUACCAAAUCGCCAAGUUCAAUGCGCCAACGAAUUCAGAUCUUCGAUGAUGGACUCCCGUAGUUGCGAUAUUAAGGCCAAGCUACAUUAUCUGCUUCCCAGUUCCCAGGAGGCAAUCACGCUGUACAUUGUAUUUGAUGCAAAAUAAUAAAAAAAAAUGAUCAUGACAAUACGACGCAAGACGAGCGUUUCGAUUGUUAUCUCAUUUGAGCUGAC